UCUACUCUGUUCUGUUUGUCAGCAAAUUUGCUGUCAAAUUUUCAUUUCAGUAAAUAAAAACCGUAAAAAUUGGACCUUUAUGGAAUAAAUCUUCUUUACUUUUAGUCUCAGCUAUAAUUACAGUAAUGGCCUGGAGAAGUCAUGGUGUAAAUAAUGCAGAUAUGAUAAGGAACCUUCGAGCUAAUGGUAUUAUAAAAAACGUCGCUGUAGCUAAUGCAAUGAAUGCGGUUGAUCGUAAAUUUUAUUGCCCGUAUGCGCCUUAUCAAGACUCUCCACAAUCGAUAGGAUAUGCUGCUACCAUUAGUGCUCCACAUAUGCAUGCUCAUGCUCUUGAAAGACUACAUAACCAGUUAGUUCCUGGUGAGAAGGCUCUGGAUGUGGGAUCCGGUUCUGGUUAUCUAACAGCUUGUAUGGCAAUCAUGCUUGGAGAUAACGGCAGUGUAGUAGGAAUUGAGCAUAUACCAGAACUUGUAUCGCUUGCUACCAAAAACAUACAAAAUGGCAACCCUGAUUUACUUACAUCUGGAAGAAUUAAACUUAUUGCUGGCGAUGGAAGAAAGGGAUAUCCUGCUGAGGCACCAUAUAAUGCUAUUCAUGUUGGGGCAGCAGCACCAAGUCUGCCGCAGGCUUUAAUAGACCAACUAAAACCCGGAGGACGCCUGAUUGUGCCAGUAGGCCCUGAAGGAGGGGAACAACAUCUUACACAGGUCGAUAAGGCAGCAGAUGGAACAACAUCGGUCAAGAAACUAAUGAGUGUGAUCUAUGUCCCGCUGACAGACAAAAAUCAUCAAUACCGUCCUUGGCGGUAAUUUUUCGCUAACCUUUAUUAUUUGAAACGACUCAGAGCUAUAGCCUUGUAAUUUAUGAAAUAAAAAAUGAAAACUA